UUGUCGCUGGCGUUGAGAGUAACUGUUCGAGAAGCUCCUUUGCUCAUUAACUCUUUUACUCGGUCAACACAAGCCGGGCUGAGUUCACUAAGGGAAUAUUUAUUGACGUUUAUGAACUGAUUCUUUGCACAUAACAGCAUGUUGGAGAUGCUCGAGUACAGUCAUUACCAGGUACAGACUCACCUGGAAAACCCCACUAAAUACCACCUCCAGCAGACCCAGAGGCACCAGGUGAAGCAUUACCUGUCCAGCACACUGGGGGCCAAACUCAGCCCACAGGCCAGCAACGGGCCGUGCCCUAGCCAGCCCCCGGAGCACGGCAUGCCCCCCGGCCCAGGAGUCAGUGCCCCUAACAGCCCUAUGGCCUUGCUCACCCUCACCUCCAACUGCGAGAAAGAGAUGGACGACGUAAUUGAAGACAUUAUCAGCUUGGAGUCGAGUUAUAACGAUGAUAUCUUGGGACUCAUGGAUACAGGACUUCAAAUGGCAAAUACGAUCCCUGUUUCCACAAAUCUACUGGACAUAUACAGUAAUCACACCCUUCCUCCAGCUGGGGUCACCAUUGGAAACUCCUGCCAAUCUAGCUUACCCAAUGUGAAAAGGGAAUUUUCAGUUACUCCAGCUCCUGGCAUGAUGCACGUGGACCAACCUGGACCAUGUGGCAAGUUUGACUCUUAUGAGAGGCCCGAAGGCCUUCCAGUAGAAGCGGAGGUCAGAGCAUUGGCAAAGGAGAGACAAAAGAAGGACAACCACAACCUAAUUGAACGAAGACGACGCUUUAACAUAAAUGACAGAAUUAAGGAACUCGGGACAUUAAUUCCCAAGUCCAAUGAUCCGGACAUGAGGUGGAAUAAGGGGACCAUUCUGAAGGCCUCAGUGGACUACAUCAGGAAGCUGCAGAGAGAGCAGCAGAGAGCUAAAGAGCUGGAGAGCAGGCAGAAGAGACUGGAGCACGCCAACAGACACCUCCUGCUCCGCAUUCAGGAGCUGGAAAUGCAGGCCCGCGCUCACGGCCUGGCUGUGGGGAGCUCCACGGCGCUCUGCUCCACCGAGCUGGUGGCCCGCGCGAUCAAGCAAGAGCCCGGCCUGGGCGACUGCCCAUCCGACCUGUACGCCCACACACACCUGCCCAGCCCGGACCUGACCCGCACCACCACCCUGGACCUCAAUAACGGGACCAUCAGCUACAACGACAGCCCUACAGAGGAGCCAGAAGGUGGGCUCUACAGCAGCCACGACAAAGCCUCCGGCAAGCUGGAGGACAUGUUUAUGGAUAACGCUCUCUCUCCCAUGGGCUCCAGCAACCCCCUGCUCUCCUCCGGGUCCCCCACGCACUCCAACAGCAGUAGCAGGCGCAGCAGCACCAGCACGGAGGAGCAGGACAAGGGCUGUUAG